AUGAAGCCCUCCGCCCUUUUGCCCGGGCUCGUGGCGCUCGCAUCUGCGUUGCCCAAACUUCAUGACUUCGAUGCCCUCGGUGCCUGGUUCGACGGCGUCAACGCCAUCAACACCAGCCAUCAUGUCGCACCUCAUGGCGCCAAGAACAAAACUAUCGCCAUCGUGGGCGGAGGCAUCACCGGGCUCGCGACGGCAUUGAUGCUCGACAGCGUUGGGGUUCAUAAUUGGGAAAUCAUCGAGGCGAGCGGGCGCGUCGGAGGACGGUUCCGCACCAAGUUCAUGGGCGAUACGCAGGAAUGGGCUGAGAUGGGACCUAUGCGGCUGCCUGUGAGGGCGCACUAUGCAGAUGGCGAGACCGUCGAGUACUCGGAUCAUGCGAUGGUCUUUCAGCUUGCCGCAUUGCUCAACAAUAUGAAUGGGAAUGAUUCGGAUUGGAGAAUCGACUUCCUUCCGUGGAUCCAGCAUCAUCCGAAUGAGCUGCUGGCUCUGGGGACCGGGCGGCAUCCAGAUGGGCGGAUUCCAACUCGCGCGGAGAUUCAGCACAACUCAAGCUUGGGUCAGCCUGAUACCCUGUCCACGGCUGAGUUCAAGCAGACCAAGUCCCGUAUGGACGAGAUACUCUCGCGCAAGGAGAAGCUGAAGGCCAUGCAGAAGGAUGUCUGGCGCCAGCAUAAGAUAGCCAUGGAUGACGGACUCGAUGACUGGAGCGAGCAGUCCAUGAUGCGGAAUGGUUUCAAGGCCAGUGAAAACGUCACCGACGCUAUCUGGACGGACUCUGACUACGACGUCUUUUGGGACGAGCUACACCACAACUCCAACCUCGAGCUGGACGGCUCGCCAGGGUCCCUCGGCAGAACCGAGUGGACCUGCAUUGAUCGCGGAUUCAACCGGCUCUCCGAUGCGUUCCUGCCUCAUGUGCGUGAUCGACUUACGCUCAACCGAAAGGUCCGGAAGCUCGAGUCCAUCACUUCCCCUGCCACCAACCGCACGAUGACCCGACUGUCCUGGUAUCCAUCCACGACCAACCGGACCUCCCAGUCCCGCGACUACGACUACACCAUCAUGGCCGUCCCCUUCACCAUGACCCGCUUCAUGGAUCUGCCAUCGUUCUCGUCUGUCUUGUCGCGCGCCAUCAGCGAGGCCGGUCUCCGUUUCAAGUCCGCCUGCAAGGUGGCUCUUCUUUUCUCGGAACGUUUCUGGGAACGUGGUCCAAGCCCUAUCUUCGGUGGAAAGUCCACCCCGCCCAGCUCCGCUGUCGGCGCUCUCUACUACCCUGUCUACGGGCUCAACGAGUCUCGCCCCGGCCUUAUCAUGCACUACCGCGGUGGGGACUGGAGCGAUCGCUUCGUCAGCUUCCCCGAGGAAGAAUACGUGCAGACGGUACUAGAUGCGGUGGUGGACCUGCACGGCGAACAGGCCAGGGAGUUAUACACGGGUGUUUAUGAGAAGCUGUGCUGGCUGGAAGACGAGCAUACAGCGACGAGCUGGUGUCGGCCCGAUGUCGAGCAGCAUAAACUGUAUAUCCCUGCGUACCAUCGCACGGAGCAUAAUACCGUGUUUGUGGGUGAGCAUACGGCGCCCACUCAUGCUUGGGUUAGUAGUUCGUUGCAUUCGGCGGUGCGAGGGUGCGUGCAGAUCUUGUUGGAGAUGGGGUUGGUUGAGGAGGCGAAGAUUUUGAAUAGAAGGUGGAUGGGGAGGUGGAUUCAGACUUGA